GGCGAAUACACAAGUGCUCUAUGUAGGGUAUAAAAUAAUAGCGUAUACACCCUAUAUAGUGCUCUUUACAUCCUAUAGAGAGCUAUUUGGAAUUGUAUCCGUGGUUGAGUUACAUUUACUGUACUGCAGUAUUGUCUAAGUUCGUUUAUUAUAUUUAGUUAUAUUUAUUGAGAGAGAGAAUAGAAAAAAAAAGUAGAAAGCUGUUGCUAAUAACAUGCACAUGUCAUGUGAUGAAGCCGACGACUGGUUUAUGCAGUCAUUAACCCUAUAUAAAGACCUGCACGUAUUUCAGCUUGAGCAUCCAACGAAAACAAUUGAGUGGACUGAUGAAAAAAGUAUUUGUGUUGCAGGCUACUCGUCAGAGAAGAAUGAAAUUUUAGAGCUGCUAUUGCCUUUGAAAUUGUAUGCAAAGGGGAACCAGGGACUCUGUCCUGAGCGGGACUUUAAAGUGCAGCAUGGCGGAUUCAGUGAGGAGCCAGUCGAGUGCCUGAGACACAUCUUCGGUAAAAGAUGUGUGGUGACGAGUGGGCGCCAUAGUUCCAUACUCCAGGUUUGGGACAUUGGCAGAGAUAAUAGUGAUAUUAUCAAGCGGACGGGCGUUAUAAACUGCAGUCAUGCAUCAGCCACAGGCAGAAAACUUGCUUCUGGUUUCACUGAACAUCCUUCUGUUCUUCAUGGCUCUACAGUACGUGAUGUUCAGCAGACUGAUGUAGCCUCAGGGAGAAUGCUUUUUGCAGUAGAAACUGACUCCUUGGAUAUAGUGAGUGGUCUGCACUUUGUGAAUGCCAAUACAUUUGCCAUUUGCGCAACUAAUGGCAUUCUGUAUAUGGGGGACUUGAGAGAUCCAAAGAUCCAUCAUUAUGCUCUCUCUCAGAGUAUGACUGACUCACAUUGGACUUUUGGAUUAAGGACCAUCGAGCCCCAGUGUGAUCCUGCCUCGUGCACUGUAGCAAGACUUUCUUCCUCUGGUCAGAUAAUGGUGUCUGAUCUCCGAAACCCAAACACUCCAAUUGGACAAGCUCAGCUUAAUCUACAACAAAAUGAUCCCAACAGUGAGUUUCUGACGGUCACAUGGGCUCCUGCUCUGGAUAACCAUCUCGCUGUGUCAGGAUUUGGUGGAACAGUGCAAAUCUUUGACACAAGAAGCUGGAGCACGGAUUCACAGAUGCCUCAGCCUAUUUUUGUGCAUCAGGGUCAUGACUUGUGUGAAGAAAAGGCUGAUGCGACUCUUGUGGUCACUACUCAUGUGUGGCAUCCAUGGCGACCAAGAACUUUGCUCUCUGCAGCUUCAGAUGGAUCUAUACAUGUUUGGGACUGGGUAGAUAAAGAUAACGAGAGUAUAGAAAAAUGACAAGAUAAUUUGAUCCUUCUUGGAGGCAAGGGAUUUUUCAAGUUAUAGAUGAAACUUCUUUAAUUAAAAUAUUUCUGGAGUCAAUUUUAUAUUACAAAAGAUGGAGAAAUGGAAAUGUAUAUUUAACAUUUCAUUGACACUGAUGAAUAGCAGUAAAAAAAAAAAAAGUUUGCUUAAGAUGCCAUUGGAUGAAAAUCUUGCUGUUGUGCACCCCACCCACACCAGCACUUGCUACAUUCACAUGCAGAUUUUUUUUUGGGGGGUCAACCCAAAAUGACUUUUCCCUGAAUUAACCUUUAUUGUUUGCCCUAAACUCAGCAAUGAAUCAAAUACAGACACUUACAAUCCUGUUAAAAGUGGUGUAUGUUUUGGACUUCUAUCGACACUAAAAUAGUGCUUUUGACCACCACCAAGUCUGAUAUCUUUCAUCAAUAAACAUGUUCAAGAGCCACCUACUUUCACAGAAAGAAGACUGCAGGGAUGAAAAUGAAAAAUAUUUAAAAAGUCUGAAAAAAGAUGGGGGUUUGGGGGCCACAGGCACCCAGCAUGGUCCAGGGGCAGAGCCCCGGUGGGGGCCCAGGGAGCGGGAGCUAAUGAUUUUUGGCUUUUUUUUUUUUUUACCCCAAAA